UACACACUGAUUGAUUGUAAAGUUUGAAAACAUUGCUUCAUGUUUAUCUCUUGAAUAGAAUUGAGAAGCAUAGUCAGAGAGCAAGAUAAUACACCUUAUUUGUGCACUAUGUCUUCUUCUGCAUUCUUCUUAGCUACAAUUCUACUUCUUGCAGGAAGCAUAAACUGUGAAGGAGGAUCUAAUCAGGACUUAUUGGAUGAGUUAAAUGUGAAGAUAAUGGGACAGGGGAAGAACACUGUAGUUCUUUCUCAUGGAUAUGCAACUGAUCAAUCAGUCUGGCACAAGAUAUUACCUUUCUUAGAAAAGAAGGUCAAGGUCAUAUCAUUUGAUCUACAAUUUGCAGGAGCUGUGAAUCCCGCCAAGUUCAAUUAUAGCAGAUAUAAGUCCUAUGAUGGCUAUGCUGAUGAUCUCUUGCUUAUUCUGGAGGAGCUCAAGGUUGAUAAAUGUGUUUACUUGGGUCAUUCCAUGUCUGCCAUGAUUGGUUCUAUUGCUUCCAUAAAAAAACCAAGUUUGUUUGAAAAACUGAUAUACUUGGGAGGCUCUCCAAGGUAUUUGAAUGCUCCUGGCUAUCAAGGAGGUUUUGAACAAACAGCCGUUGACCAACUUCUCCAAUUUAUGAAAUCAAAUUACACUGGUUUUGCUUCUACAUUUGCUCCCAUGGCAGUGGGUGCUGAAUUUCCUGGUGCAGUUGAAGAAUUCAAGAAGACUAUUUUAGCUAUGAACCAUAAGGUUGCUGUUUUUGUAGCAAAACAAGUAUUUGAGAGUGAUUAUAGGGGAAUUCUGAGUCAUGUGAAAGUUCCAGUGGUUAUAAUUCAGAGUAAAAAAGAUAUUGUAGCUCCAGUUUUUGUUUCAGAAUAUCUAAGAACACAUCUUGGAGGGAAAACUUUUGUUGAGCUACUACCAACUGAAGGCCAUCUUCCACAACUUAGUGCCCCUGAUCUUCUUAUCAAGGCUCUAAAUCACUUUUUUUUAAUUAAAUAGUUGCAUCCUAUGCAAAUAAUUUCUAAAUGUUAUACAAUGUAAGAAGGUUAGCUUUGCUGGGUAGGAAA